UCCCACUAUAAGAAGAGAAACCACAAAACUCUCUCCACCAUAGUCCCUAAGUUUUUUCAAUUACUUCACAGCCAUGGCUAGUUCUAGGAGGCUCGAGGUUCAAACAGACAAUCAAACUCCGCAUAAAUGGAGCAUUUCGUUGGGAGAAGAGGUAUUCAAGAGGUUCUUCAGCCAGGCUAAUCCAACAGGACAUAAAAUUUUUGGUGAUGGGUCACUUUUCAGUCCAAUGUUGUUCGGCAAGUUCUUUGAUCCUUCUGAUGCCUUCCCUCUCUGGGAGUUUGAGUCAGAUAUCUUGUUAUCUAACCUACGUAGCUCAGGACAAAGCACAGUGGACUGGGGUCAGACUGACCAAGGUUACAUAUUAAAGGCAGAAUUACCAGGAGCUGGGAGAAAUAGCAUUCAAGUCCAUGUUGAUAAUGGGAAGAUUGUUGAAAUUAGUGGGCAGUGGAAGCAGCAGACAAAAGCAAGUGAUUGGAGGUGUGGCCACUGGUGGGAAUAUGGAUAUGUACGAAGGCUUGAGAUGCCAGAGGAUGCAGAAUGGAGGAAUAUAGAGGCUCUCUUAUUUAACGAUGUAUUCUUAGAGAUACGAAUACCAAAGAGGCCACAGGGCUGCGAUCCUCAAGGGAAGGAAGGAGCUUCAAAAAAUGCAGAGUCCGCGUAAAUUUAAGAGAGCAACACAUAGCUACUUGACUUGUUAAUUAUUUAGUCUAAUGGCAACUCCUAUGCAGCUUGAUAUUUAAAAAACUUGUUACUGUCAGCCUAACAUCAGUGAACGAUGGGAAUAAACAGACCACAAAGGUGUAUGAAACCCUUGCUAUGGUUUUUAAAAUAUCACAGCUGUUUACUAAGUGCUUCUGAUCAACCAGGCGCCAGUGAUCAACACAAGAGAGAAGAAAAGAACUAUUUAGAUACAGUAGAAUUGGAAUGUUUGCUUUCAAACAUUCAAUUAGCGGCUAGGACAAAAAAUUAGUUACAUGAUGGGUAAUUACAGCUGCCAGUUAGAUGAAGUUUCUUGUCUGGAAUAUUGAUUGUUCCUAACAAAACAUCUACAUACCACUUCUGUUCACCGAUUUCCUUUUUUGGAGAUAAUCAUGAUCUAUGCUCUCUUCAA